UGUGGAAAGCGCAUUUUUGUAAUAAUGGCAGUUUGAUUCGGCCAAGGCUUCUUUGCGGAUCCCCUUCCCGAUGUAACCUUCCCCGCUUCUGCAGGCCUGGGACCAGCGUGUGGCUCGCCGUGGCUGAGUCCUUUCUUACUGUGGGUUAUGUCGUUAUGUAUGAAAGAUAUGCUGUAGAUAUUGUGCACGCUGCUGCUGCUGCUGCUUGAAAUGUGUAGUAAACAACAGAGCGACGGAUGUGACGUACGAGAAAGGGGUGGGGCUGGCCUCACAUGUGAUUAGUGGGUGUGUGUUGUCUUUUCCUCUCAUUCAGUGCGACGUUUUAUUAAAGUUGUAAGAUGGCGACGGUGCAUCUGAGGAUCGGGGACCUAGUGUGGGGGAAGCUCGGUCGUUACCCACCAUGGCCAGGAAAGAUAGUGAGCCCCCCCAAGGACCUGAAAAAGCCCCGGGGCAAGAAGUGCCACUUUGUGAAGUUCUUUGGAACAGAGGACCAUGCCUGGAUCAAAGUGGAACAGCUGAAGCCGUACCAUGCCCACAAAGAAGAGAUGAUCAAGAUAAACAAAGGAAAGCGCUUCCAGCAAGCUGUUGAUGCAGUGGAGGACUUCUUAAAGAAAGCAAAGGGGAAAGAACAGAACUCAGAUGGCAAAGGAGACUCCAAAGGAAAGAAGACGCCCAACAAGCCACUCAAAAUCCUGGAUGAGGAUGACGAGGACCUCAGUGCCCUAAAGGACCCCUCUGAGAAGGACUUAGCUGACUCUGACCCCGAGCCAUCCACUAUUGAGAGGCUGGGGGCUGGACCGGGCUCAGGAUUCAAAUGGGAAAGCAGCCCAGCUUCGUCAAUGGAGCCCAUCAGCAAACGCCUGAAGAUCAUUGAAGAGGUAAACGCAACAAUGUUUGGCUGGUCAAACAUUGGCUGGUCAUCCAGACUUCUGCUCUCCAGAAUAGGCUUCCUGGGUCUGGGGCUGAUGGGCAGCGGCAUCGUUUCCAACCUGUUGAAAAUGGGUCAUAUCGUGACCGUGUGGAACCGCACUGCAGAGAAGUGUGACCUGUUCAUCCAGGAGGGGGCGCGGUUAGGCCGCACUCCUGCAGAAGUGGCCUCCAUGUGUGACAUCACCUUCUCCUGCGUGUCUGACCCUAAGGCUGCCAGAGACUUGGUGUUGGGACCCAGUGGCGUGCUACAAGGAAUCAGACCGGGCAAGUGCUACGUGGAGAUGUCCACAGUGGAUCCAGAGACCAUCACAGAGCUCUCACAGGUGAUCACGUCACGGGGCGGCCGCUUCCUGGAAGCUCCGGUGGCAGGAAGCCAGCAGCUGUCCAACGACGGGAUGCUGGUCAUCCUGGCAGCGGGCGACAGGACGGUGUAUGAGGACUGUAGCAGCUGCUUCCAGGCCAUGGGCAAGACCUCGUUUUUUCUGGGUCCUACUGUGACCAAGCCUGUAAUGACCGUCUUCCUGCCCCUUCCAGAUAUUUUACAGGGCAACUUUAAACCAGACUACUAUUUGAAACACAUUCAGAAGGACCUAAGGCUAGCCAUCUCCAUGGGCGACAUGGCCAACCAUCCAACCCCGAUGGCUGCAGCUGCCAACGAGGUUUAUAAGCGGGCCAAGGCACUGGACCAGUCGGACAAUGACAUUUCAGCAGUUUACAGAGCCUACAUUCACUAGAGCGAGGCGUGGCCCGGCCUGUGGACCGCACAGUCUUCGAUCCCUCCUUUUCUCCCUUUGUCAUUAAAGGUUUUUUGUUUUUAAUUUGAAACUUUUAUUUAAUUUUUCACCCCAGUGCCAGCCGCGUUACCUGCCCGCAAUUCCGGGACUGUAAUUCCGUGUUUUAGAGGCAACAUUAAGCAUUGCACUGACUGUACUGUGGGAAUUUUAUGCUGUAAGAGAGCCAGGAACGAGGCUGAGCUGCUGCAGUUUGCCUCGUUCCUGACACCGUUGUUAUAAAGCAGUAUGAGUAAUGCUGGGCGCUACUGUGAAGCUAAACAAAUUGCCAUGUGGCAUCAGAACCGUAACAUAUUUGAGUUUUCCCCCUUUUGUUUAAUUAUCUGCUCCAGAAACCCAUGAGAGUAAGCAACAGAACAUGCCACUGCAUUGCCUUAAUAUUGUAACCCCUCGGGUCCUUCGAUAAUACACGUAUUUAUUUAUGCCUCUUUUAAGGUCUUCUUUGUGCAGUCGGCUUCUUCCCGUGUGUAACCACAGACUUUAGGCUUUUCCAUUAGUGUGAUUUUGUUUGAAACAGGUGGAGGACAAAGCUGCAGAUGUGCUGAGGCCUUAAAAUGCAGAUGUUUCUCCUCACGGUUUGAGAUUUCCACUUUUGAAACGCUUCGACCUUUCUCUUGGAAGACUUUGUGCUUUUCCUCUUUAACUAUAUGAACCUAGAUCAAUCCCGUUUGAGCUGACAGCUCAGUGUUGAAUCAUUAUUAGGCGCUAGCAUUAGAGCCAAGCUAAGGCCAGAGUGACACUUAAACUGUGGGCCCUGGCUGUAAACGUGGGCUGACUUUAGUCAAAGCAGACCAACACACAGGUCGUUUUAGACACUAUUUGUUACAUGACUGUUCACUCAGUCUGAGUCUCAAUGCGUGAUAUUGAUUUGGUCGGCUGGCCUCAAUAAAAUUACGAGCAAACAAAGUGGGCGGAGGUUUGGCUGUAAAGGUCAUCGCAGGCUAACACAACACUGAUCAGUGAGGUCUGUGGCCCAGCUGGUGACACAUGAUCAUUAAAAUGAAAUCCCAAAGAGAUGGUGGAGGUCUCAGUUAUAGUAGUUUAUCUACAAUAUGUUACUGGGUGUUUCAUUAUUUAAUGUUUGGACUCUUUGUGAUUGCAGCGUUGGCUGUGUGUGUUGGCCCUGACAGGCUGCAGCCACCCAGAUAAAGACGAUUAGUGAGGUGAGGGAACAACACGGCCCAACACUAUGAAUCCAGUCACAGGCCCCGUGGGCCAAGCUUUGACUUCCCAACAUGAAGCCAACUCACUGGUGUCCUCACAGGGCUUAGUGAUUUUAGUCUUAUUGGUGCCCAUGAAGACCUCUGCUAUGUAGAAUCAAACGUACCUGCUAUCAGUAGAUAGCGUACAAAUGUGGCACAGCAGUGAGGUUUUCUUCUUCUCUGCUUCAACUCAAAGAUGCGACAUCUUCUCAGACUUACAGGGCACGGUCAACCAAGGGGCUUAUUCUGAUACUUUAGGGUGUCGGCAGUGUCGUGUUUGAAGUCGUUAGUCCAAGUUUAUUCUGUCCCAUAUGGUCAGGAAGUGCUGCGGCAGGCCUACAAACAUGUGAGGGUCAUUUUUAUUUUCAGAUUGAACAUUGAAACCAAAUGGCUUUUGAAAACGUGCGUCUGCACCACCAGGUUGGUCGACUGUAUCUUAUCCAGUAUGACAUGAAGAAACCAAAACGGGCCGAUCACCCACCAGUUCAUGGUUUUAUCAUCGGAGGCUACACGUUUGUCGAAACGUAGUCACCAAGCGAUCUGUGAGAAGCAUUUUGUUAGCCAAGGUUGAGUUUUUAAUUUUGGUUUGUCAGACACGCUCCAGACUUCAAAGAGCUGUUUUUAGAAGAUGUAAAUAGCACAUUAGGAUAAGUAGGGUUCCUUUUCUAUCUGCGGUAAUCAGGAUUAAUGAAGAAGCUACUUUUGGUUUUGACUCUACAGUGCGAAUGUCUAACAUCUGUGUCUUAAUACUGUAGAUUGCUCAGUUCAAAUGUAAAUGGUUUAUAAAUAUAUGGCUUAUAUAAUCUGGCUUAUUGUGAUGGAAUAAUGACUGGGAUCCCAUUGAUGCAAGGUGGGAGGAACUUUGGGGCUAUUUAUGAUUUUGUGUACAUGUGAAAAUAUCAAGACUUUUGUGCUGUUUAAUAAAUCCUAAACUCCUAA